AUGAAUGAACAAUUUGACUUUCGAGCUUUAUUAAUUAAACUUCAAGAUUGUUUAUCAGAAGAUGAUCGACGUCGUCUUCAUUUUCUUGUUGGUGAUGCGAUACCACGACAAAUACGAGAUGAUCCUUCUCUUACUGGUACAUUAAAUCUUCUCGAAUCACUUUUCGAUCAACAACGAAUUAAUGAACAAGAUUUUGAUUAUCUAAUUCAUGCUUUUAGCGAACUUCGAUGUUAUGAUGCAGUUAAACGUCUCAAAGAACAUCAACAACAUCAUCAAAAGCAGUCAGGUGAAAAUGAAAGUAUUCUAAAAGAAUCAGUCAAAGAUGAUGUUCAAGAUAAAAUGUCUGUUAUUAAUUUUUCUCGUGUUAUAUCGUCAGACAUAUCAAAUACACAUGAAUCAAUAUCAAUUCAAAAUAAACCGAUAAUAAUUAAUCAACAAAAUAGUCAAAAUAGUUCAUAUAUACCAAAUAUACCAAUUAAAUCUAAAAAAAAUCCAUUCAAUGUAUAUUUAAAAAAUAUAAAACAAUUGAUGAAAUCACGUUUAACAAUUUUUCAAUUCGUUUUUUUCAUUUUAAAUAUUAUAGGUAUAAUAACUGUUGUAGUAAUACUCAUAUAUAAUAAAAAAGCAAGUAAUACUUCAAAAGACGUGAUGUUGAUUAAAGUAGGCUUUCUGCAUGGUAAUGGAUUUGGUGGUGAUUCUUUUAAUGAUGCUGAAGAUUGUUCAUUAACUUUUAAUGACAGAUUAAUUGGUAUUACAGCUGGUUGGUCAACAGAUAAAAUUGGAUACAUAACAUUUACUUAUUCAAAUGGUAAAUCAAAACAACAUGGUCGUACACUUUAUCCAUAUGUACCACAUACAGAUGAAUUUGAAUUAAAUUCUAAUGAAUUUAUAGAUGGUGUAACAGUUUAUACAGGUAUACGAGGGAUUUUUAAUCCUUUUCAACCGAAUGGAUCUUUUCUUGUUGUUGGCUUACGUUUUCAUACGAAUCAAGGACGCCAAAGUGAAUUGUUUGGUUCUUCUAAUGGAACUGAAAUUGAUGAAUAUUUACCGAAUUAUACAUUGAGCUACGCACGAGGUCAAGCAUUUGCAUAUAUUGAUGCACUUCAAUUUAUAUGGUAUAAAGAAAUAUCAAGAACAAGUAGUGCAAUUCUACCAACAUAUUAA